CCCUGGAAGCUGGGGGAGCGGGUGGGUGUUGGGUGGCGUUGGGGGAGCUGCGCCUCGCCCAGAGCCUCGCCCGGAGCCUUCCGGGGUGGGGGAUAGUUGAGGACCUCAUCGAGGGAGGGGUUGGGCGGCGGGGAAGGGAGCGUGGCGGGGGUGCAGAGGCACGCUCUGGAGCCAACCAGCUUGAUGCGCUCGAGUGUGGGCGGGGACUGAGGGAAGAAGAGAAAAACUGACUGCCAGGCGACAGUUCCUCCGUUUGAAAUCUCGCCGGCUCCUGAGCGGGCCACCGGGCCCGGGCUGGGGGUCUGGCGGGUGUUUGAGCCCAGAUGAGUCAUGGCUGGACGACCCCUCCGCAUAGGAGAUCAGCUGGUUCUGGAAGAAGAUUAUGAUGAGACCUACAUUCCUAGUGAGCAAGAAAUUCUUGAAUUUGCCCGGGAGAUUGGUAUUGAUCCCAUCAAGGAACCAGAACUGAUGUGGCUGGCGCGGGAGGGCAUUGUGGCCCCACUGCCUGGGGAGUGGAAACCAUGCCAGGACAUCACAGGUGACAUUUACUAUUUCAACUUUGCCAACGGGCAGUCUACGUGGGACCAUCCAUGUGACGAACACUAUCGGAACUUGGUGAUUCAAGAGCGGGCAAAGCUGUCAACUUCUGGGGCCAUUAAGAAGAAGAAAAAAAAAAAGGAAAAGAAAGACAAGAAGGACAAAGAGACCCCCAAAAGUUCCCUGGCCCUGGGUUCCUCAUUAGCCCCAGUUCAUGUUCCUCUUGGGGGCCUGGCUCCUUUACGAGGCCUUGUGGAUACCCCACCCUCUGCCCUUCGUGGAUCUCAAAGCGUGAGCCUGGGGAGCUCAGUGGAGUCUGUACGUCAGCUUGGAGAACUCAUGCUGCCUUCACAGGGUCUCAAGACCUCUGCUUAUACAAAGGGUCUCCUGGGCUCCAUACAUGAGGACAAGACUGCUCUCAGCCUCUUGGCUUUAGGAGAAGAAACUAAUGAGGAGGAUGAGGAGGAAAGUGACAACCAGGAGUCUCUAAGAACAAGCCAGCCAGAGGAGAAGGAUGUUUCUCUGGAUUCAGCUGCUGCCAGUCCCCCUACUCCCUGCAAGCCGUCCAGCCCAGGUGCAGACAGCAAUCUGAGCAGUGCUGAUGGCAAAGGGCGACAGGGAAGUGGGGCAACACCUGGGCUCCCAGAAAAAGAGGAAAAUGAGAAGAGUGAACCUAAGAUUUCCAGGAAUGUGGUGACCCCCAAGGCAGACCCUAGGGGCAAUGACCCUGCCGAAGCCUCUGAAAAGGAGGCACCAGAGGACACAGUAGAUGCAGGAGAGGAGGGUUCCAGGAGGGAAGAGGCAGCCAAGGAGCCAAAGAAGAAGGCUUCUGCUCUGGAAGAGGGCAGUUCAGACGCCAGCCAAGAACUGGAAAUUAGUGAACACAUGAAGGAACCUCAGCUCUCAGACUCCAUAACUUCUGACCCCAAGUCCUUCCAUGGCCUGGACUUCGGUUUUCACAGCCGGAUCUCAGAGCACCUGCUGGAUAUCGAUGUGCUUUCCCCGGCCCUGGAUGGAACUCAUUGGCAGGCCCAGCAACCACUGGGAAUAGAAGACAAGGAUGACAGCCAGUCCAGCCAAGAUGAGCUGCAGAGCAAGCAGUCCAAAGGCUUGGAGAGGUACCAUAGGUUAUCUCCUCCACUUCCACAUGAGGAGCGGGCCCAGAGUCCCCCUCGAAGCCUGGCCACCGAAGAAGAGCCCCCCGAGGGCCCCGAGGGGCAGCCCGAGUGGAAGGAGGCAGAGAAGCCUGGGGAGGACUCUGCAGCCAGCCUCAGCCCGCAGCUCUCCCUCCAGAGGGAGCAGGCCCCAAGCCCACCUGCUGCCCACGAGAAGGGCACGGAGCAGCAUUCCCAGGCCGAGGAGCUGGGCCCUGGGCAGGAAGAGGCAGAGGAGAAUGAGGAGAAGGUGGCGGUCAGCCCCACCCCGCCAGUCUCUCCAGAGGUGCGAUUCACAGAGCCUGUGGCUCCCCCAAAGCAGCUCUCAGAGGCUGCACUAAAGGCCAUGGAAGAGGCAGUGGCCCAAGUACUCGAGCAAGACCAGAGGCACCUGCUGGAAUCGAAGCAAGAGAAGAUGCAGCAACUGCGGGAGAAGCUGUGCCAAGAGGAGGAAGAGGAGAUUCUCCGGCUUCACCAGCAGAAAGAGCAAUCUCUCAGUUCCUUGAGGGAGCGACUGCAGAAAGCCAGUGAGGAGGAGGAGGCCCGGAUGAGAGAGGAGGAAAGCCAGAGGCUAUCCUGGCUCCGAGCCCAGAUCCAGUCCAGCACACAAGCAGAUGAGGACCAAAUCAGGGCUGAGCAAGAGGCUUCCCUGCAGAAACUGAGAGAAGAGUUGGAGUUUCAACAGAAGGCUGAAAGGGCCAGCUUGGAACAGAAAAAUAGGCAAACGCUGGAGCAGCUCAAGGAAGAGAUGGAGGCUUCGGAGAAGAGCGAACAGGCUGCCCUGAACGCUGCUAAGGAGAAGGCUCUGCAGCAGCUGAGGGAGCAGCUGGAAGGGGAGAGGAAAGAAGCGGUGGCAAGGCUGGAGAAGGAGCAUGGUGCUGAGCUGGAGCGGCUCUGCUCCUCUUUGGAGGCCAAGCACCAGGAGGUGGUCUCCAGCCUCCAGAAGAAGAUAGAGGAAGCUCAACAGAAAGAGGAGGCCCAGCUGCAGAAGUGCCUUGGGCAGGUGGAGCACAGAGUUCACCAGAAGGCUUAUCACAUGGCUGAGUAUGAGCAAGAGCUCAGCAGUCUCCUGCGAGAGAAGCGCCAGGAAGUGGAAGGAGAGCAUGAGAGGAGGUUGGACAAGAUGAAGGAGGAGCACCAGCAAGUGAUGGCUAAGGCCAGAGAGCAGUAUGAAGCUGAGGAGAGGAAGCAGCGGGCUGAACUUCUGGGGCACCUGACCGGAGAGCUGGAGCGCCUACAGAGGGCCCAUGAGCGAGAAUUGGAGACUGUGAGGCAGGAGCAACACAAGCAUCUUGAGGACUUGCGGCGCCGGCACAGGGAGCAGGAAAGGAAGCUCCAAGAUUUAGAGUUGGACCUUGAAACCAGAGCUAAAGAUGUCAAGGCCAGAUUGGCUCUGCUGGAGGUCCAGGAGGAGACUGCCCGGAGGGAGAAGCAGCAGCUGCUUGAUGUGCAGAGGCAGGUUGCUCUGAAGAGUGAGGAAGCCACAGCCACCCAUCAGCAGCUGGAGGAGGCACAGAAGGAGCACACCCACCUGUUGCAGUCAAACCAGCAGCUCCGGAAAAUUCUUGAUGAGCUGCAGGCCCGCAAACUGAAGCUGGAGUCCGAAGUGGAUCUGCUACAGGCCCAGAGCCAGCAACUGCAGAAACACAUCAGCAGCCUGGAGGCUGAAGCUCAAAAGCAGCAGCACCUGUUGAGAGAAGUGACAGUUGAGGAAAAUAAUGUUUCCCCACAUUUUGAGCCGGAUCUCCAUAUUGAGGACCUGAGGAAAUCCCUUGGGACAAACCAGACCAAAGAGGUGUCUUCUUCUCUCUCUCAGAGCAAGGAGGACUUAUACUUGAACGGCCUGUCCUCCCACAAUGUCUGGCACCUCCUCUCUACUGAGGGGGUAGCCCUCCGUAGUGCCAAGGAGUUCCUUGUGCGGCAGACACACUCCAUGCGGAGGCGGCAGACAGCUCUGAAAGCUGCCCAGCAGCAUUGGCGCCAUGAGCUGGCCAGUGUGCAGGAGGUGGCCAAAGACCCACCAGUCAUCAAGGCCCUGGAAGAUAUGCGCAAGAACCUGGAGAAGGAGACCAGGCACCUGGAUGAGAUGAAGUCGGCCAUGCGGAAAGGCCACAGCCUCCUGAAGAAGAAAGAGGAGAAACUGAAUCAGUUGGAGUCCUCUCUUUGGGAAGAGGCCUCAGAUGAGGGCACUCUGGGAGGAUCCCCCACCAAGAAGGCGGUAACCUUCGACCUCAGUGACAUGGACAGCCUGAGCAGUGAAAGUUCCGAAUCUUGUUCCCUGCCUCACUUUGACUCAACCCCAGGUCUUACCUCCCCCAAGAUCCAUGGGCUGAGCCACUCCCUCCGGCAAAUCAGCAGCCAGCUGAGCAGCGUCCUUAGCAUCCUGGACAGCCUCAACCCUCAGUCGCCACUGCCGCUCCUCACCUCCACGCCAGCCCAGCUCCCUCCCCGGGCCUCCAAAAGCACCCCCCCCCCCCCCCACUACGGCUCCCUGGCCAGGUUCUCAGCCUUAUCAUCUGCUACACCCACGUCCACCCAGUGGGCUUGGGAUUCAGGGCAGGGGUCCAGGCUCCCCACCUCUGUGGCUCAAACAGUGGACGACUUCCUGUUGGAGAAGUGGCGCAAGUAUUUUCCAUCUGGCAUCCCGCUGCUCAGCAACAGCCCUGCCCCGCUGGAGAGCAGACUGGGAUACGUGUCUGCCAGUGAGCAGCUCCGGCUCCUACAGCACUCCCAUUCCCAAGUCCCUGAGGCGGGCAGCACCACCUUUCAGGGCAUAAUUGAGGCCAACAGGAGGUGGCUGGAACGUGUCAAGAAUGACCCCAAGUUCCAGACCUCUCUUCUCUUCAACACCCAAGCCAACAGCUACUUUGAGCCUCCUGCAGCUGGGCCUCGAUGAGCACAACAGAGUGAAGGUGUAUCGCUUCUGAGGCCCUGAGCAGGGGCUUGGGGCAGCUCAGCCUCUCCUCCACCCAGACCAAGUGCCUGAGGAGCUGCCUGCCUUCUUCCAUCUGAGGAAGCACCCUUCUGCCCCCUUUGACUUGCAGGAGCCACCAGGGACCAGGGGGUUGAGUGGAACAGUAAAGCCACACAUUCUGUGACUAUAUAACCUAUCUCAGGCUAAAAUGUGUGGACUUGUAAUGAGCUCCUGUCAUUGACAUGGCAAGCUGAUGGUGUGCGGUGGCUGCGAGGCAUCAGGGCCGGGAGCCCUCUGGGAGGAAGGGAGGUGUUAGAGGAGCUGCCUUCGGAGGCUCAGGGUUUCCCUUUGGAGCUAGUUUCCUUGGCCCUGCAGCACACUGCUCGGGGCUCCCAAGAAGCUGGUGCAUAUGGUUCCUAGUUCAUCGGGACAGAGACCCCCAGCAUGUGUGUAUCCUGGGACCUGGUUUCUCUGGGACCACAUCUAUCUCCAAUACCUCAGCCUCAGAUCAGACCCUUUCUUUUUUUUUUUUUUUUUUUUUUUUUUUGAGGCGGAGUUUCGCUCUGUCGCCCAGGCUG